GAUUUACAGACGCAAAAAAUCAAAUCGAGUUCUUCACUUCAGGUCCGUCGCUGCGUUCCCUUGCCUCCGUCCGACGUCCAUCCUCGUUCAGUCGAUCAUCUCCUCUAGAAGCACCGGCGACAACUAGCCUCCGACGUCUCAGGUCGCGAAUCAAAUACAUUUGGUCCAUUUCAGACCUUCAUCACCCACAUCAUGGUGCGAAAGAAAAAGAAGAACAAUGGAUCCAGCAAUGAUGAAGCACCUGGCCCGAAUCAAAAAAAAGUCAACAACGUGUGAUGUGGAAACCUCGAAUGAAGCAUCCAAACCGAAAGCAAUAACCCUUAAAGAUCAAGAUCCCAUUGGUACUUACUAUAAGGAAGAUAUAAAAAUAUGGGAAAAAAAAUUAGAAGAAUUAAAAGCUAUGGGUCCGGUUUUUAGUGGAAUACAUGAUUACGAUCCCCAUAAAAUUUACAUGGAUUACGAUGAGAUUAAAGAAAUAUCCCGUCUUCGUUGGUUGAAGCACGAAGCGGAUUACCAAGCUGCAAUAAAUGUUCCGAGUAAGAUAAAUUGGAAAGCACAAAAAAGAUCAAAAGAAUUGGCCGAGAUUCAAGAUAUCACAAAUUCUACAACAAUUUUUCUCUCUGAGAAUCGUAAAUCCAUAUCUUCUCACCCAUUUAACCUCCAUGGACAAAGUGAAACUUCUGCUACACAUAUCGUAAAGCUUUUGAUGCUUUCCACAUCAAUGACCAAAUCUAUCCACGAUUUUACACUAAUCACAGGUAAAGGAGAUGAUGGUGUUAGAGGGGUUGACGGAGCUCAUGGGUUGCCGGUGAUAAGGCCAACUGUUCGAGAUCUCGUGAGAAAUCGUGGAAUUCAUGUUUGGCAUCCAGUUACUAAUGGUGUGAUGAACACGGGGAGGCUUUGUUUUCAAUUCAAUGGGACUGAGGGGGAUUUUACCUUUAUAGAUUGAAUGGUGUACACUGGAUAGUUAUUUUUGGGGUUCAGGGGAAUUUUAUUCGGAAGAUUUGACAUUAUAUUUUAGGGAAAACAUAGUAGUUGAAAAAACUUGUUUCUCACUUCAUGGUCC